AAUCCGCAAGGCGGUAUAGCGGUGAAACAGGAAACGAGAGGAGUGCCGAAAGGAGGUCCACAAGUUUUCAGCGUUAGCGCUAGCCUAAUUGUGAGGAGGCUGCCCACAAAGUGACCACAGUGAAACUUCGCUGUCACCUUGAAUCUGAACUGCCAAGAAGUCUCGCUCAUCUAGCCCAGGGGAGCAAUUGUACGGAGGAGGCACCACCUGACAAGAACCGUGCACGGUUGCACCAGUAGGCGUUUCUAUCAUCCUCCGGGCUUUCCGCGAAGAGGGGCAGCGCACCCGAGUUCCAGAGUCCGCAAAGGCUCUCUCCUGCCACGAUGCUAGUGGACGAGCGGAUUUUAACGCUUUUCAAACGGAACUGUCAGCACACGUUGACGUACUGGAGCGUGUUCUUCAGCUUUGGACUCUGCAUAGCGUUCCUGGGCCCCACGAUUCUGGACUUGCGGUGUCAGACGCAGUCCACCCUGCAGGAGAUCACCUGGGUCUUCUUCUCCCAGCAGUUCUGCCUGCUCAUCGGCAGUUCGAUUGGAGGUGCUUUCAAGAGAACGCUGUUAUGUGCCCUGUCGGCUCUCUUCCUCUCCUCCCUCAUCAUCUCCGUCGUCUUCGCCAUUAUCCCCCUGUGCCACAAUGUCCUGCUGCUGGCCGUUGCCAUGGCAGUGGCCGGGCUGGCCAUGGGCAUCAUCGACACCAUCGCCAACAUCCAGCUGGUGAAGAUCUACCAGAAGGACUCUGCUGUCUUCCUUCAGGCCCUGCACUUCUUCAUCGGCUUCGGGGCGCUGGUGAGCCCUCUGAUCGCAGACCCCUUCCUGUCGGAGACCAACUGCGUGGUGGGCAACAGCACGGAGAAUGCCACGGAGAUCAUGCACCACCUGAGGAACACGCUGUCUGGCAGCCCCGCCCACAAUGUGUCCCAGUACACGCUCCCAACCGAGGGCGAGGUGACCACCAGCGUGUCCUACGCCUUCUGGAUCAUGGCCCUCAUCAAUCUGCCUGUGCCCAUUGCGGUUUUUGUGCUGAUGUACCGGGAGCGUCUGAUCCCGUGCUGUGGCAGCGGUAGCCCCCGCCUGCUGGACCGGGACGAGCUCGCCAUGGAAACACAAGGGGCAGGUGACCAGGAGCCUGAGCCCAAGGAGGACGCUGGGGGUCAUGGGGACUUGUUCAGCUGCUGUCAGAAUGAGAAUUUGCGGGGUCUGCCCCCAUCCUUCUUUGGUAUCCACAUACUUGGUGGGAUGGUCCUCUUCAUGACGGAUGGGAUUGUGGGGGCGUACGCUGGCUUUGUGUACACCUAUGCUGUGACUCCUCCCAUGUCUCUGGCUCACAAGACGGCAGGUUACCUGGCCAGCGUGUUCUGGGCAGCCAUCACUGCGGGGCGGCUGGUCUCCAUUCCUCUGUCAUACCGGUUCCAGCCUGUUCGGCUGCUCAUGGUCAACCUGGCCGGUGUGAUCGUCACAGUGCUACUGCUGCUCAUCUUCUACACCAGCAGCGUGUUCCUGUUUGUGGGGACCUGCCUGCUGGGUCUGUUUCUCAGCAGCAUCUUCCCCUGCAUGCUGGCCUACACCGAGGACAUCCUGGACUACCAAGGGUGUGCCACUACAGUCCUGGUCACCAGCGCCGGGCUAGGGGAGAUGGUCCUACAGGUUCUGGUGGGAUCGGUCAUCCACAGCGAGGGAAGCUACAGCUUCCUGCUUUGCGGGAUGAUCAUUGGCUGCAUCGGCUUCACGCUCUUCUUCGGCCUGCUGCUCUUCCAUCGUAUGCACAGAAACUACCUCACAGGUACCUCCAAGAAGACGGCCAUGGUGGAAGAACCGACAGCAGACUGCGCCAAGCAGUGAGAGAGGGAGGGCGACCGAGAAGAGGGCGAGAGGGGAGGAAUGCCGCCACCUCAAGGGACUCUGUGCAAUGUCCACACUGACCAAUCAGUGAAGAGGCAGACAGGAAGUACUGACGUCUGUGAUGCAAACAUUCCAAACGGACAGGGGCGCCACUGCUGCCCCGCCACCUGGGAAGCACAGAGGGACAGAGGCACACACCCCAAAAAAGAGACACCCUAUGAAUGUCACUUAUUUAUUGCAAAUGAUUUAUUCCCUCCUUCACUUUUAAAAUGCUUGUUUUAACAUGCGAAUGAUUGAGUAUUUGACUGAAUGAAAUGGACUGUAUAUUCCUAUUCAAGAUCAAAACUGAGAAAACAGGUGUUUUCCAAUUCCACUUGCUCCGAGUAAAUUAAGGUACCUUUGUUUUUAUGUGUCAUUGUCUUCAAAGCACUGUUUCUUCUUCCACGAAUCGUAAAUAGCAGAUUUAUUUUUGUA